CAAUCAUCACCGCUUAUUCUGUUUCUAUGGAUACAGUACGCGACACUGUCGUGAACUACUCUACGCUUUACGGCAGCCGGUUGUCAGUUGCUGCAUGUGGCUCCAUGUGAGUGCAGAAUAGCAGAGAACGCGAUGUUGUAUUUCAUCGGUCUUGGUCUGGGCGAUUGUAAAGACAUCACUGUUAAAGGUUUAGAGAUCGUCCGGCAGUGUAGUCGUGUUUAUCUGGAGGCUUACACGUCCAUACUGACCGUCGGGAAGGAAGCUUUGGAGGAGUAUUAUGGGCGCGAGUUGCUGCUGGCCGACAGAGAUAUGGUGGAACAACAGACGGAUGAGAUCCUGAAGGGAGCAGAUGUCAGUGAUGUGGCGUUUCUAGUGGUUGGUGAUCCUUUUGGAGCUACGACCCACAGCGACCUGGUUCUGCGAGCGUUGAAUGCUGGGAUUCAGUAUCGCGUUAUUCACAAUGCCUCCAUCAUGAACGCGGUGGGCUGCUGUGGAUUGCAGCUGUACAACUUCGGGGAGACGGUGUCCAUUGUGUUUUGGAUGGACACAUGGAGACCUGAAAGCUUCUACGAUAAGAUCAAAAAGAACAGGGAUAUGGGCCUGCACACGCUGUGCCUGCUGGAUAUCAAAGUCAAAGAGCAGUCCAUGGAGAAUUUAAUGAGGGGUCGAAAGAUUUACGAGCCUACCAGGUACAUGACUGUCGCUCAGGCAGCUGAGCAACUCCUGGAGAUACUACAGAACCGACGGGAUCGGGGCGAGGAACUAGCAAUGACUGAAGACACAGUGUGUGUUGGUCUGGCUCGGGUCGGAGCCGAGGACCAGACCAUCCGUUCUGGGACACUGCAAGAGUUGGCAUCCAGUGACCUGGGAGGACCACUUCACUCAAUGAUCAUCAGCGGACACCUUCACCCUCUGGAGGUGGACAUGUUGAAACUCUUCAGUGGUCCUGAGGGAUUGAAGACCUUGAAGAUGACCAAUAGUUCCACAUAUGUUUCUUGAUAUCCAAGAAGCUUGUGCUCCUCAAGAAAAAAGUUCCCUUUCCAGUGCUCCUGGGAUUU